GUAGAUAAACUAACAACUUGGAAUGAAAGUAUUGAUGAAAAUUUUCAAUUAUUUGAUAAUUUAGAAACAUCAUGUUGUAAACAAAUGUUAAAAAAUAUUGAUAGUACACCAGUUUUUGUUACUCCAGUAGAACGAGAAAGGUUUGCCUAUGCUUGCUUACAAUGUUUGUUUGAACUAUGUUCUGAUGAAAAAGAUGCUAAAGUAACUGUUCCUAUCUUGUUAAAACGAUGUGCUUUUGUAAUUCAUAAUUAUACUGUUGAUCAACCAUUAUUUGGAAGAUGUUCUUUGUUAAGGCAUUUAUGUUUUAUUCAAGAUCUUUUAAAAAAACACAUUUUAUCAGGUCAAAAUGCACAUUUAUUUUAUUUGCAACAUGUUAUAAGUGAAGCUAUUUGUUUAAAAGAUUCUAAUAUUGAUAAAUUGUUAAAAGAAUGUUUGAAAAAAAUUGGAGAAGACUUGGGUGUUUAUAAAAUUAAUAUUAAACAUAUAUAA